AUGGAUCCGGAUAGGCUGGUCAAGGUGGAAGACAUGGAAAUCGAGGAAGACACAUAUCUGGAUAAGCCAGUUGUAGAAGAGAAAUACACGAGAGUGAGGAAGAAGAAGCCAUUCCGGCCAGUCAGAGGCACGAUAAGCGUGCUCUUACGGCUCUUCGUCUGGUACUCGAUCUUUAUAGCCUUGUUCCGAUGCCCGUCGUCUCUCUCCGAGCUCGAUGACGAGUCUCCACGAGUCUGCGAGCCAUACAUAAUCGCAAAAACUCGCCUCGAGCCUUACAUAUCACCUUACUACCACAAGUACGCCGCAGAACACGUCGAACAUAUCAAGCCAUACGCACAAUCAGCCUACAAGACGGCGGAGAAGGUGUACAUUCCGACGGCACAGUUCUCGAAAAACAUUUAUCAGGGCCAUGUAUCUAGUUACGUGGAGCAGGCUAUGAAGCUUGCAAAGUCGCAGUGGAACCAGAAAGUGUCGCCACACACAGACCCUCUGCAGGCGCAGGUUAUCGAUUACUACACGACAUCUAUCAGUCCUCGCAUCCAGUCGGCGCAGUCGAUUGUUAUCCCUUACUUCUGGGUAGCUGCUGAAUAUAGCGUUCACAUCAACAACAAUUACGUUAUCCCAGCAUAUAUUCAUGCUCGUCCAGUGAUUCACCGGGUUUGUGCGACCAUAUAUGACUUUGUCGUUACAACCAUUGCGCCAUACAUACAGGAGGCAUGGUCAGCUGUAGUAGUCUUCCUCGAUGGCACUGUUCGACCGCAUAUCAGGACCCUUUACUCUGAGAACGUGGAGCCGCAGCUUGUGAAAAUCGGAGAGAAGCUCGCCAGCUACCGUGAGGGACGAACAAUCCAGCAAGUCAAUCUGGAAACUGCCAGCUCAGUAGUUCACGAGUACACGGCAGCUAAGUCGUCUACGCGCAGCUCCGUUGAAUCAAAGGAUACACGAGUAUCGUCUGUGGCGCCUCCUGCUACUACCAAGCUGACAUCUGCUCAGCAAACUGCGCUUGCGCGAGAAAAGAUUUCGACCGAUCUCAAAGCUUGGAAGGAAAGGACUACAAGCUUAGCCAGUAAAGGGCUUGAACAUGUCCGAACACAGGUUCGCCAGGUAGUGGAAGAUAUUGCACGCCAGGAGAAGCCAUCCGGAGAGGACAUGCUUGCACGCUUGGAAUCUGUCGCCAGUGAACAGCUAUAUACGUUGACGCAGGAUCUAUACUCCAUCAUCCAGGCAAUUCCUGAGGAGUAUACUCAAGAAGACGAAGAUAAGGCCCAAGAUGCAUUCCUACAGCGGCUAAGGGAAUCUAGCCAUGCCAUUAGGGGAAUGGCACAUUCCCUUCGUCUCUGGUUCAAUAAGUAUCAAGAAACGCUCACCGAUGCCGUCACCAAGACAAUUAACAUCACACUGGACGUUCUUGAGAACGCCCGUGAGCUUGGUCUACAGGAAAUUGGAAUGCGCUGGACAGCUAUUGACGGUGUUACGUACACGGAUUGGGCAAGUUAUUACGAGCUCAAAUCGGAUCUCGGCGAAUGGAAGGAUGAUAUUCGGCAGGCUGGGUUACAGCAUGAUAGCUUUGUUUUGGCCAAGGAUGCUGGGGAGAAUAUUGUUGCACGGGGUAUGGAUAUUGCACUGGAUGCCGCAAGACAACUGGCAGAAAUACGCUCGAUUGGCAAACUGAAGAUCGAGGCUGGAGAUACCACCAGACAACUUAACGUCGAUCACAUCAACGAUGAGAUGAUAGAGAAAAGGAAGAAGUACAUGAUUACCAGUGUAACAUCUACUCCUACCGUUGCGCCCACUCCGCCAGAGAUAUCUGAUGCGUCUGAAAUGUUUAUUUCCAACGAAACCGAAGCUGGUGAGCCAUCAGAGAGCCCUGUGGCAGAGAUCCCUGUGGCAGAAAGCCUUGAGGCCGAGGUUGAGACUCCGCCAGGUGAAGAGUAUGUCGGUGAACAACCAAAGUCUGCUCUCCUGGAAGAAACUAUUUCGUCAGAUGAGACUUUGGAGCCCCAGCCGACCCCUGAGGCUCCUGUUAUUCUAGAAGAGACUGCAACCGCAGUUAUACCCGAGGGAUCCUCGCCCGGAUUCACAUCCAUGGUAGAGGAGCCCGCCUCUUCAGACCCUGCGAAUUCUGGGAAGUCGGAUCAGGAUGAGUUUAUAGAUGUUAUUGAAGAGGAGCAAUUCCAGGUGCUGGUUGGCCACGAAACGCCAGAUGACACCAUUCAAGCUGAUGAGACUGUAUCUUUACCCUCCAGUCUAACCUCAUCUACUCCCGAAACCAAAGCCGAAGCUCCAGUCUCUGUGACGCAAGUAGUUGAAGAUGCCACUCCAAAUGAGCCAGAGGAUACCUUGAGUCAAACCACCGAACAUACUCAACAUACCCCAUCUAAAUCUCUAGGUGAACCCGUCGAUGUCCAUGAGAUGGUUGGUUCAGCAACAGACAAGAUAAUCUCACUCGUUGACUCUGCAAAGGCUGGCCUAUCAGAAACACCCCUCCCCAAAAACGAAGCCGACACUCUGAUGCAAGAUGCAAGCACCAAGCUUGGUGAUAUCGUUUCAUCUGUCCAGUCCUCAAUCAGCUCUCUCGAAGCCACACCUCCAUCUGAAUCUUCCGCACCGGAACAACGCCGUGAACACAUUAAGGAUGAAAUUUCCCGGUUGACUGCUGCUCUGGAAGCUGCUCAGGCCGCUUUACUUGAGCUAUAUCGAUCUGACGAGCCAGGACAGCCGCAGGAGCCUGCUUAG